AUGUUGAACCCCAGUAAGAAGUUCAUUGGGGUGGAGACCCUCAAGAGCUACAACCCCUCGACAGCGCACCGCAGGAAAGAGAGAGAUGCCGAAAAGAAAAAGAAUAAAGCUGAGCGGAAGAUUACGCGCGAGCAGGCGCUGCUGAAAAAGAACCCUGUGGCCAUCAAAGAGGAGCUCGAUAAGCUGGAGGCGUUGGGUACGGAAGGCCUUAUUAUGUGCACGGUUUGCUGUAUCUCUUCUCUGCGGCUUUUCUCCAUGGCUGCGUGGGGUUGGGUCUCGCCCAUGAUCGUCGAGACCAAGGCAGGCCAACCCAUGAGCGACGGGCGUACAAGGCGUCUGCAGAAGCUUCAGCAGCUGUGGGCGCAGGUUGUGAGCUCCGUUGAGGCGGAGCGCCGUGUGCAAACGGCUGAUGUCUCUUCCAUCGCAUCCGGUGAUACUCGCUCCUCUUCCUCCACCACUCUCCCCUACGCCAAGUGUCUGCAGCAGAGGCUCUCCCAUGGUGAAAGAAUCCCAGACGAAGAGGAGCGACGAUACUACUGCCCAGAACUGUGCAAUACUGGCAUAUUUAGACACCCUGAUGGCUCCAUUCGGCCGUAUCCGCCCCUCGUUGCCAAUGACAAGUAUGAGCAAAGAAGAAGAUUUGUAGAAAGUCAGCAGCGGUUGAACAGGGGUAGGAGAGCACCUUCAAAGGACUCCGAUAUGAGCAGCGACUCAGGAAGUGAUGACGAGACACCCGGCGCUGCCGAAGCAGCAGCGAACGGCAGCAGCAGCAAGAGCUCGGCCCCUCCAGUUGCUGAAACAGCCGAAGCAGCAGAGGACUUUCUGGCUUCCAUCCCCCUGCCGUCAGAACCCCCCCCAGUAGAUGCCGCAGCCGCACCGACCGCUCCGGAGAUGGAGCGCGGUGUACAGGGGCCUUGGUGCGACUUUUUGGCAAGGAGUUCACGAAUUCUUAGUGCCUGUUGGGUGCUUGCCCUGGCUAGCAAUUUCUGUGUAUUCGCCCCGUCCGUGUGUGUGUGGUUGCUCUUCUGUGGGGUGUGGACUGCUCAGCCCCAAUUCGGUGUCCCAAUGCCUCCAUCGCAGCUUGUCGCGCACAUGCAACACCAGAUGCAGCAACAGCACCUGCAGCAGCAGACUUCUCCUGCUGCCGCUGUACCGCACACCGUGGAAAAAAGGCUUCCCCCGCAGCGGGCACCCCAGCCCCCCCCGAAAAAGCAGCAUACUAUGGGCAGGCCCGCAGACACUGGCGACCUCAAGGCUGCAAUCUCCUUCGUCCCAACGCACUUGAGGACAAAGAAGCUUCCAGCGACAGCAAAAACUCAGGAAGGCCCCUCCAUCUCCCGGGUUUCUGCAUACUCCAUGGGCACUGCAGCGCUUGGCCGACAAGUGGGCGGAGCAAAGGCGCCUGCUGCUGGAGAGGCCGUUUCUGGUCUCGCGCGCUUCUUGGGGGAGGCGAAGAAGCAGCAGGAGGGGGCUGGCGGGGCACCUAAACAAGCUGGACCCGCCGAUUUGGAUAGAGCGUUUGACGAGUUUCUCAAGGAGGUCGGGGCUGCCUAA